AUGACGCCUGUUCCCUCCCCCCAGAACGGGAAGUGGAACGGCCUGAUGGCGGCGCUGGUGAACCACAAGACGGACAUGGUGCUCUCGGCGCUGAAGAUCAACGCGAAGAGGGAGGAGGCGGUGGAUUUCUCCAUCCCGUAUCUGCAUACGGGGAUUUCCAUCAUGGUGGCGAAGAGGACGGGGAUUAUUUCGCCGACUGCGUUCCUUGAGCCUUUCGACCUCGCAUCGUGGCUGCUGGUCGGCCUGGCGUACAUCCAGGUGUCGGCCUUCGCGAUCUUCGUGUUCGAGUGGCUCUCCCCCUCCGGAUACGACAUGAAGCUUCAGCCGCCGAAGACCCACAAGUUCUCGCUCUUCAGGGCGUAUUGGCUCGUCUGGGCGGUGCUCUUUCAGGCGGCCGUCAACGUCGACUGCCCGAAGGGAUACACGGCCAGGUGCUUCUUUCAGGCAUUUGUCUUUCGGGCAUUUGUCUUUCAGGCAUUUGUCUUUUCC